AUAUUUUUUUAGUAUUUUUAAGAUAUCUUACAAUGCAAACUAGUAUUCAUAUUAGUAUUACACAAAAACAAGAAUAUUCUUAUAGUUUCGGCAUAGCUAAAAGCAGUCUAAAAUUUGCUCUUGAAAAUAAAUUAGUAGAUGAAUUUGUAAGAUUGGUAAAAAGAUUUAUUGAAGAUUAUACUG